AUGGGAGCUGUCAACAGCAAGGCAGGCGAGGCAGGCGCCUUGUAUCUGCGCGACCAGACUCGAUUCUCGGUCGCUUCUCUCAACAUCACAAACGCCCGCAAUCGCACGCUCCUCAACAUCACACCCAAUGCUUUCCCCGCGACAAGAUACAGCCCAAAGAGAGAAUUUGGGGACGAUAGUGUGAUUGACUACGUUCAGGAUCCCGAACCAUCUACACCCAGCGAUGGAUCGCCAUCAUUCCUCAUACGCCUUCCCAACGACGAGGAGCUUACCUUCAACUUCACAUUCAUACUUCGGCAACAUCUAGCCGUCCCCAGUAUAUACAAUGUCAACAGCAAUUCGAAUAUUGCUCCCUCGGGCUUGGUCGAUACCUUCAUCAAUGGCCUCACCUUCGUCUUCGCGUCGAGCUCCAGGGAAUUGGAUAAUCUGGUGACGCGCGAGUUUCACGCCAACCCAAACCUGCACAAGAACCCGCAAGUCGAACUUGUCGGUGACUACUCGACGGGCGGGAGCUCUUCUGUGCAAUUUCAGUGGUCUUGGAAGUGGACCCCGCCCAAGACCAACGAGAGUCGCGGAGGAGGUUGGCGCACCAGCUGCAGUUUUGUUGAAUACGACCAGCGAGCGCACAAGCUCGAGACAUUGGCAGGCUUCAGUUUCUGGGUCCAGAACACUGCGCGCGGUCUUCAGAGCCCUAGCUCUCCAUCACCGCGAUUAGAGCUACACGUUCCUCCCCGGUUGCGCGUCCCUUCUGCCCAGUCGAUAGAAUCGCGAGUUAGUGAUACGACGGACGAAUACAGAGAGUGGGAUAUCCCUCCAAAGUCACCCAUCUUUGAGCCCAUACCUGAGAAUGCCCUGGGCCUAAUACCGACUCAGUCCACGAGUCUCACAAGCGGGAGUUUGCCCGUGAAGCUUGAUCUUUCGCGGCCGGGCGAGGAUCUGAGCCAAACUGAUGAUGGUCCCCUCUUUCGAGCCACAAUGAAGUCGUUGGAGCAGAAGACGGGGAACAUGCGCACAAGGUGGAAGAAGGUUUUAAAGCGAGCCGAAUCCGCCAUGGAAGCACAAGUGCUGUGCAACAAUGCCAUGGCCGACUUGAUGGACGCGCUGAAAGAGGCCUCAUCAUCAAAUGCCAACGCGGUGCAGCCAGCUAUCGAUCACUAUUUCGAUAAGAUUGCCAAAGAGAUCCUCGCCUACGAGCGAUCAAACACAACCAAUAUCCAGAAGCUCAUUAUUGAUCCAAUAUACAAGCUAUACAACGUCGACAUCAAGCAGGCCGAGACCAAGCGGAAAGCUUUCGAGGAAGAGAGUAAAGAUUACUACCAGUACCUCGGUCGCUAUCUUGGGCAACGGCAAGACUCCCUAAAGGAAAAGAAGAGAGUCGAGACCGACUCCAAAUAUCAAACAAAAAGACGGAACUUCGAACUGAAACGGUUCGAUUAUUCCUCCUUCAUGCAAGAUCUGCAUGGUGGAAGGAAGGAUCAGGAGGUGCUCUCCCACCUAACGCGAUACGCAGAUGCGCAAGCGAAAUACUACCUGGAAACGGCCAAGAAGGUAGAAACCAUGCUCCCGCAGUUGGAGGCACUAAGCACAGAGGUCAAGGAGGCAGAUAAAGAGUUUCAAAUUCAGAGGACUGAACGCGAAGAGAAAAGAAGGGCAUUAGAAAAAACGAACAAGACCUUUGACGAACCACCGUCGGCGAUCACAGCUGCAUCAGCCGCAAAUGGAAGUACUCCCAAAGUGGGCUCUAAGCCAGAGGCGGAACUCCCUGGGCGGAAAUCGAGUAUCGCCCCCGUGUUCCAAACCACCAUCAGUCCGCCACAGUCAUCAUCCAGCAUUCCCACUGUAACCUCUCCGCAAAGCCCAGAGAUGAGCAAAACCAAUCUAGCAACCCUAAGUCUACAGCCAGACAAGUUCAAAGGGUUUAGAGACUUGGAAGAGAAGGACCUCGCCGCGAUGGCAGAGGCUGGUUCGGGGACACAUCGCAAAGAAGGCCUUCUUUGGGCGUUGAGCAGACCAGGCAGUCAUGUGGAUCCAAAAGGUCUGAAUAAGCAGGCCUGGCACAAAUUCUGGAUUGUGCUAGAUCAAGGCAAGCUUUCAGAAUACACAAACUGGAAGCAGAGUCUCGAGCUUCACAUGGAGCCUAUUGAUCUUCGUAUGGCCUCUGUCAGGGAAGCACGCGGUGCAGAUCGUCGAUUUUGCUUCGAGGUUAUUACACCUCAGUACACACGCGUGUAUCAAGCGACGAAUGAAGAUGAUAUGAAGUCAUGGAUACACGCCGUCAACAAUGCUCUUCAAACCGCUGUAGAGUCUACGGGCAAACACGAUAGGCCAUCGACCGAAUCGCUGCCAGGAUCCAAAACCCGGGAUAUUGCGUCAGUCCUUACUGGCAAGAGUCCUUCGCUUUCCAGCCACCGCAACAACUACACGUCCAAACCACCGGCUCGACAUGCCACGGUUGGCGACAGGCCUGGAGGCUAUCGGAGAGAAGAGUCUCUCGGAGACGAAGGCAAACUGCUCCGGCAAGUGCGAGAUGCGGAGCCUAGCAACAAGGUGUGCGCAGAUUGCGGUUCUGAGAUCAAAGUUGAUUGGGUGUCUAUCAAUCUUGGUAUCGUCAUCUGCAUCGAGUGUAGUGGCAUUCAUCGAUCGCUCGGUACCCAUAUCACAAAAGUCCGCUCCUUAACUUUGGACGUCACAUCGUUCACGCCGGACAUUGUCGAAAUACUACUCAAGAUCGGCAACCGCAUCAGUAAUAUGAUUUGGGAAGCUAGACUGGAUCCGAGUCUCAAGCCUGGACCAAUGUCAACUCGCGAGCAGAGACUGCAUUUUAUCACCUCAAAGUACAGCGACCGAGCAUAUGUAGCUCCCAUAUCCCCUGCGAUGUCGCACUAUGCGACUCCUGAAGAGACGCUACUGGCUUCGGUGAAGAAGAACGACAUUGGGAAUGUUCUCUAUGCGUUGGCUUUGCGUGCCAAUCCCAACGCUCGUGACCGCUCCAGAGACACUCACGUAGUAUUCCUUGCACUCGCCGCAGCUGACCCGGCAUCUCCUUCUGCGUCCGUAUCCCCAGCCGGAUCGCCAGGUCCUGGGUCUCGACCAAGCACGGCGCAACCUAUACGGAAACCCUUCUCUGUUGCCGAGUUGCUCCUGCAGAAUGGCGCAGACCUACCUCCGCUACCGGCACCCAUCCCACUCAGCCAUUCAGCACGCUCGUAUCUCGAUUUCAAAACAGACCAGCGGGCAGGUAAGCGGGUGGCCCCCCUGGUAGGCAGUCAACCGAAUCCCAGCGGCGACACACUGCCGGCACUCCCUUACAUCAUGGCUGGCAAUGGUAGUACUCCGGCCGAGCGAGCGAGAGAAAGAGAUGCACGACUGCAGAAGCGCGUCUCAGCAGGUGGAAGGUUGGUGAAGUCACCCAACUUUGAUAUAUCAGAUGGUAAGCGCGGCUCAUAG